AUGGCUAAAAAAACUACCCGACCUAAGGGCACUAUCAAAAGGGACACGCCCUUUCCCACACCAGAACCCUCGGUAAAAAUCCCGGCGCAACCAACGCUAUCAAAGGAGGAACAGUCUAAAUACAACGAGGUUCUUGCCCAUUUCAAAUCCCUAGAGGGCGUCCACGAGAAUGAAAAGUCCAAGACAAUUGUUCCGCUCAGCUUGUCCGAAAAAGCGUGGCUUUCUAAGGAGUGCUUUUUGCGCUACUUGCGCGCAACAAAAUGGAAUGUACCCCAUUGUACUAAACGUAUCGAGGCUACCCUCGUAUGGCGUCGUACUUUUGGUGUUGACCCCACAAAAGACCUCACCCCUGACAUGAUCGCCGAGGAGAACGAAACCGGUAAGGAAGUCAUUCUGGGUUUCGACAACGAUUCCCGCCCUUGUCUGUAUUUGAAACCGGGUCGCCAAAACACCAAGCCUACUCAUCGCCAGGUCCAGCACCUUGUGUUUAUGCUUGAACGUGUGAUUGAUUUCAUGGUCCCGGGGCAAGACCAGCUAGCCCUUCUAAUUGAUCUCGCCCCUCACCCUAUUGGUAAACACAACAAGAUGCCCUCGCUGUCUCUUGGUCGCGAGGUGCUGAAUAUCUUACAGGACCACUAUCCUGAACGUCUCGGUAAGGCCCUGUUGACCCACAUUCCGCGUCUCGCUCAAAUCUUCAUGAAGCUCAUUUGGGCUUUUAUCGAUCCUUUGACUCGUGAAAAAAUUGUUUUUAACGAACCUUUUCCUAAUUAUGUGCCCUCGAACCAGCUCGAUGCCGAAUUCGAAGGCGAAGUCUUAUUUGAAUACAAUCAUGAAAAGUACUGGCCGGCCCUCGUAGCCAUGGCCAAGGCCCGACAUGAGUACUUUUUGAGACGCCAUGAAGAGUUAGGCGGUUCGGUUGGGCACAGCGAAUCUGACUUGCGUGAAGGUUUCGUGGACGAGAAACUGUUCGAGUAA